AUGAGUUGUUUAAAGGAGAGGAAGUCAAUUCAGAAUAACAGCUCGGUGAUUGCACUGUCACCAAUUUUGAACAAUGACGGUUUGAUGAGCGUUGGAGGAAGAUUAGGAAAGUCCGACCUCCCUCUUAUUGAAAAACACCCGGUAUUGAUACCAGGGAAAAGUCAUGUUGCAAAGCUAAUUGUUCUCCAUUACCACACCAAAGUAUGUCACCAAGGUAGACACUUCACCGAAGGUGCCAUAAGAGACGACGGUUACUGGGUAACAGGCUGCAAAAGGCUAGUGUCGUCUGUCAUACACAAAUGUGUCAUUUGUCGUAAACUAAGAGGCAAGCUGAGUUUUCAGCGUAUGGCAAACCUUCCAGAAGAACGACUAACACCAGGACCUCCAUUUAGCCAAGUUGGUGUAGACUGCUUCGGUCCCUGGCAAGUUUCCGCUAGGAGAACUAGAGGUGGUAUUGCACAAAGCAAGCGCUGGGGAGUGUUAUUCACUUGCCUGUCUUCAAGGGCUAUCCACAUUGAAGUCGUAGAAGAACUCAGCACAUCAUCCUUCACUCCGCCGAUUCAUUGCUAUUAG